AUGGGAGCUCCGGCCUCUGCCGGGGCGACCUCGACGGCCGCGGCAAGCCAGCCGACUCGGUCCUCGAGCACCCAUCCGUCGCACUCCCACAAUGUACCCCUGAGCGCCCGCAGGUCAGCGCCUCUCGAUCUCUCCACGGUGGAACGACGUGGACAACCCAAUAACCCCAGAGAGCCAUCCAAGCGCGUUCGUCCACAUGGCAUCCCGGAAGCCCCGACCUUCCGUCCGACAGAGGAAGAAUUCAAGGAUCCAGUGGCCUAUAUUCAGAAGAUCGCACCGGAGGGGAAGAAAUAUGGAAUCUGCCGAGUAAUCCCACCUGAGGGCUGGCAACCGACAUUCGCAAUCGACACUGAGCGGUUUCACUUCAAGACUCGCCGACAAGAGCUCAACUCGGUUGAAGGAGGAAACCGCGCGAACAUGAACUAUGUCGAUGGUCUUGCCAUGUUUCACAAGCAGCAUGGCACUAAUUACAGCAGGCUACCGAGUGUCGACAAGCGACCACUGGAUCUCUACAAACUCAAGAAGGCGGUGGAGUCUCGUGGUGGUUUUGAGACCGUUUGCAAGACCAAGAAAUGGGCCGAAAUUGGUCGCGAUCUUGGAUAUAGCGGCAAAAUCAUGUCCUCACUGUCCACUUCGCUCAAGAACUCUUAUCAGCGCUACCUGCAACCAUACGAGGAAUACUUGGCCCGAGCUAAGCCCGGUGUCCAACAACAGCUUGAACUUGAGCACGGUGGUCCAUAUACCCCUUCGCCGCUACAUUCGCCAAUGAACCACAAAGUCAUGGACGAGAACGGAACGCCCUCUAAAAUUCGCGAUGACACGCCUAGUCUACCUCGGAUGGCUGCUUCGCAUACACCGCUGGCGCAUACCCCUCUGGCACAUACUCCUAUGGAAAAGUCACCAGAGAAGCCGACACCGCCCAUCGAACCUACACCGCCCCCUGCUUCACGCCCAGCCACGGGCUUUACUCCUGUCAACUCCGGCCUCGGCGGAUUCACCGCUGUCAACCGCUCCCCGUUCACCCCCGUGAACAAUGGCCCGACUAUCAAGCGCGAGGGAGAAAACGGGGCGUCUACACCCAAAGUCAUCUCCGAGCAUACCUCUGUCUCGACGCCUAAUGGGCAAGAUGGAGACAGCCUGAAACGUGCUAUCAGCCGCGAGGCUAGCUCUCAGACUGAGAAUGGGGAUGACGAUGGUGGUAGUGGACGACGCAGCAAGCGUCUCAAGAAAGGUGAACAGUAUUUCGAGGACUUGCAGCAGGGCCUGUCUAAUCAACCUUCAGAUUCCUUCCCAACAGUUGCUGGUUCUCAUAUGUCGCUACUUCGUCCGGCUCCGCCUAGAGCACGCAAGGAUGGUUCUCAGCCAGCCGGAGAGAAAUGCGAGACAUGUGGCAAGUCGGAUGAUCAGGAGUCAAUCCUUGUAUGCGACGGUUGCGAGCUUGGGUAUCACAAAGCAUGUCUCGAUCCGUCUACUACCACGCCAUCUGAACAUGAUUGGCACUGCCCUAAAUGCUUAGUUGGUACGGGAGAAUUCGGAUUCGAAGACGGCGGCGUGUACUCGCUCAAGCAGUUCCAAGAGAAGGCCAACGACUUCAAGAAGAGGUACUUUGCUUCCAAAAUGCCAUUUGACCCGGUCUUGAACACGCAUCGACGCGAGACCGAGGACGACGUGGAAGCGGAAUUUUGGAAACUUGUUGUCGAUCUGCAUGAGACCGUGGAAGUUGAGUACGGAGCGGAUAUCCAUUCAACGACUCAUGGAAGUGGCUUCCCCACCAUCGAGCGUAAUCCGCUUGAUCCACAUUCGACUGAUCCUUGGAACCUAAACGUCCUGCCGUUUUAUGGAGAUUCUCUGUUCCGCUACAUUAAGUCAGAUAUCUCUGGCAUGACUGUUCCCUGGGUUUAUGUCGGAAUGUGUUUCUCGACAUUCUGCUGGCAUAACGAGGACCACUACGCGUAUUCGGCUAACUACCAACAUUUCGGCGCUACCAAAACCUGGUAUGGAAUACCAGGUGCUGACGCAGAGGCGUUCGAGGCGGCCAUGCGGGAUGCUGUACCGGAGCUUUUCGAAGGCCAGCCCGAUCUCCUCUUCCAGCUUGUCACUUUGAUGCCACCGGACAAGCUCCGCAAGGCCGGUGUUAAUGUCUAUGCUGUAGAUCAGCGAGCUGGUCAAUUCGUUCUCACAUUCCCACAAGCGUAUCAUGCUGGCUUCAAUCAUGGAUUCAACUUCAACGAAGCCGUUAACUUCGCACCCGCCGACUGGGAGCCAUACGGUGCAGCGGGCGUUGAGCGUCUUCAGAACUUCCGCAGACACCCAUGUUUUUCCCACGACGAAUUGCUUCUCACGGCUGCUACACGUGAUACAUCGAUUGCCACUGCCAAGUGGCUUGCGCCGGCGUUGCAAAGAACCUGCCGUCGAGAGCUGAAUGAACGUGCUUCCUUCCUAUACCGACAGAAGGAGGUGGCUGCUCUCACUCCUGGCUUUGGUCCUGAUUCCAUGGCUGACGAUGCCCAGCCCAGAUUUGUAGUUGAGAAUGAAGAUCUCCCCGAGGAUGAUUACCAAUGCCAGUAUUGCAAGGCCUACGCUUACCUCACUCAGUUCCGUUGUCACAAAUCAGGCAAAACUGUCUGUUUGAUGCACGUGGACACUUAUGAUUGCUGUGGUGAAAGUCUCGCGCAAAAGUUGUGCGGCCCUGGCCAUACUUUGCGGUUCCGCAUGAGUGACGAUGAAUUGCAAGCCCUAGUGCAGAAAGUCCAAGAACGAGCGAGGAUCCCGGAAGCGUGGUCCGAAAAGCUCGACAAGACUUUGGAGGAUGAACCGAAGCCCCAGCUGAAGGCCCUUCAUAACUUGCUCAAUGAAGGUGAGAAAAUCCCAUAUCACUUGCCUGGCCUCCAAGAUCUUGCGACCUUCGUCCAGCGUUGCGAUAAAUGGGUUGAGGAAGCCAACAACUACAUUACCCGGAAACAGCAGAACCGGAGAAAAAACGAGAAAGCUUGGCGCAGAGGCAGCACCAAGGCGGCGCAGCUGGACGAUCGCGAUCGCGAAGUCCCCCGCAAAAUUGAACACAUCUACGCCCUUCAGGCAGAGGCUGAUAAACUUUCGUUCGACUGUCCACAGAUGGCGGCGUUGGAAGAGAAAACCCGCGAGAUCGAGAAGUUCCAACAGGAUAUUAAGACGGCCCUGAUGAACCCACAUACCCGGCCACUCCACGAGAUCGAAGAACUUAUCGAACUUGGCAAGAAUAUUAAUGUGGAAAUUCCGGAACUCGAACACUUGGAGCAAGUUUCCCACCAGAUCAAGUGGAUCGAGCAAGCCGCUCGCAAACGAGAUCAGUUCAUGACCCUUAACGAUUGCCGGGAACUUGUGGCCGGCGCGGAGAAGCUAGGUCUUUCGGAUACCAACGAACACUUGGUCCAUUUCAAGGAACUCGCUCGCCAUGGCGAGGCAUGGGAAAUGAAGGCCCAGGAACUGAUGUCGGUUGAAGCCGUUCACUAUCAGCAACUAGAAGCUUUGUCUGCGCAGGCGUCCCGUUUUCCAGUCUCCCCUGCUACCCUUGCUGCCGUGGAUGCCAUCCUGACCAAACAGCGUGAGGCGCAGAAGCGGAUCCAGACUCUGUACGAGAAGAGCAAAGACCCCGAGAUGAAGAAUCGCCCCAAGUACAAGGAUGUCCGAGACCUUGUGGAGUCUCUCGAGCAUCUGACUAGUCGCCCCAUUGGGGCAAUAGACCUGGAACGCGAACAGAAGCGCCACGAAGACUGGAUGCGAAAGGGCAAGAAGUUAUUUGGCAAGGCGAACGCUCCUCUUCAUAUCCUCAAGUCUCAUAUGGAGUACGUGGCGAAGCGGAACUCAUACUGCUUCGAUUUAGAGGACAGUUACCGGCCGCCUGUGGAACCUUCAUCUCGGGACACUACACCCGAGGGAUUACUUGAGAACUCCAGCAAUCCCAACAUGUGGGGUCCCAAAUCACGAAAGCGAGAUGUGUUUUGUAUCUGCAGGCAUUCUGAAGCAGGAAUGAUGAUUGAAUGCGAAGUCUGCCACGAAUGGUACCAUGGCAAAUGCUUGAAGAUUGCUAGGGGUAAGGUGAAGGAAUUUGACAAAUACACCUGCCCCAUUUGUGAUUGGCGUCAGAAAAUCCCUCGUGAUGCUGCUCGUCCCAAGCUCGAGGAUCUCCAGGAUUGGCAUGCGGAAAUCGCAACUUUGCCCUUCCAGCCCGAGGAGGAAGAGGUUCUCGAGACCAUUAUCAACCAAGCGACGGCCUUCCGUGAUUUCCUACAUGGCUUCACCAAUGCUGCUUGCACAACGACCGAGGAAGUGCCCACUUUGAUAUUCUACCUUCGUAAAAUCGAGGGCGCUGAGGUUCUUCUCACCUUCGAGACAAAUUUCUUCCGACAGGAGAUACACAAAUGGGCCCCCGUUGCACCGGAGCCCCCUCCAAUUCUCGAGCAAUCUCUAUCCACACGAAAGCCGCGACCGACCAAGCAGCAGAAAAUGAUGGCCCAGCUUGGGGUGAAUCGUCCAGAGGAUUUGCCUGAGCAUCUUCGACCCAAGCACAUCAACGCACCCAAACGGAAAUCAGUUGAUGCGCAAUCGCACUUCGGCCCUAGCCAGCCUCCAUCAUUGCAGCCCGCACCACCAGUUUCUAGCAGCGCACAAUCUCCCAGCAUAGGCCCGACAUUGGCUCAUACGUCAGAUCCACCCGCCAAUCCAUAUCCUUUCUCUGCAAACUAUUCUUUGCCUGCCAGCGAUUCCACCCCCGCGUUUGCGCCUAAUUCCUCAUCCGCCUUCCUCCCUCAUGCAGCUGCCUCUCAGUCUCCAUCCUUCCUGUCGCGGUCACCCCCUCCGCAGCAAGAUAUGGAGACCUCACUCUUCAGUCCUCCGCGCUUUGGUCAUGAACCUCAGUUCGCGAGUAGCAGUCCUCGUCAGAAUCUUGAUGACGUCUUUGCAGAUUUGACCAACCAAGAGAUUGAUCCUGAUGCUGAGCCGCAGCCGAUGGAGAAUACUCACGCCAAUGAGGCAUUGGAGGCGCUCGUCGUCAGCAAUGGCAGCAGCCGUGCCGCUUCUGUGCAAGAUGAAACCGGUCAAAAUGGGGAUGGCGCACAAGACGAGCCGAAGAUCGAUGGCGCAAAUGGUGACCUUUUGGAUGAGAAAUUAUGA